UCCCUGCCCCUCUGCUUCCUUCUGCUCCCUCGUUACACAAGUCCUGUGCAUGGAGGACAAAGCCCCCGCGCCAGGCACCGGCCCCAGGAGCGUGUGCAGCCUCCAGCCCCCAGGUGCACCCGGCGCCAGCUUGCUACUGCUGCUGCUGCUGUUGCUGUGCAUGGCUUUAAGGCCGUUGCUCUGGGGAGGGGGCGGCUGAGUGGAGUCUUUCGCUGCAAACAUGCACAUCUAGCAAUGAUGAGUGCUCCAGGCCUGCUGUAAAGCUCUGUGUUUAUUGUUGUCCCCGUCCCUCCCCUGCCCCCUUUGCCCAGGUUGGAGGAGGGUUUAAAGGCAGGUGCGUUGAGGCUGCUCGCCAUGUCCAGAUCCGGGGACAGGACCUCCACCUUCGACCCCAGCCACAGCGACAACCUGCUGCAUGGCCUCAACCUGCUGUGGAGGAAGCAGCUCUUCUGCGACGUGACUCUGACGGCCCAGGGCCAGCAGUUCCACUGCCACAAGGCCGUGCUGGCCUCCUGCUCCCAGUACUUCCGAUCCCUCUUCUCCAGCAGCGGCGGUGGCGGGCACCCCCAACCCCUGGCGCUGGGGCCGGGCGCUCAGGACGGGCUGGGCCUGGGGGGACCCCCCAAGGAGCAGCAGCAGGAGGAGCCAGGCACCCCUUCUUCCUCCCCAGAGGACAAGCUGCUGGCCAGCCCCAGAGCCAUCAACAACCUGGUGUUGCAAGGCUGCUCGUCCAUCGGGCUGCGCCUGGUGCUGGAGUACCUGUACACGGCCAACGUGACCCUGUCCCUGGACACGGUGGAGGAGGUGCUGUCGGUCAGCAAGAUCCUGCACAUCCCGCAGGUCACCAAGCUGUGCGUGCAGUUCCUCAACGACCAGAUCUCGGUGCAGAACUACAAGCAGGUGUGCAAGAUCGCCGCCCUGCACGGCCUGGAGGAGACCAAGAAGCUGGCCAACAAGUACCUGGUGGAGGACGUGCUGCUGCUCAACUUCGAGGAGAUGCGCGCCCUGCUCGACUCGCUGCCUCCCCCUGUGGAAUCGGAGCUGGCGCUCUUCCAAAUGUCCGUGCUCUGGCUGGAGCACGACCGGGAGACCCGCAUGCAAUACGCCCCGGACCUCAUGAAGCGCCUCCGCUUCGCCCUCAUUCCGGCCCCGGAGCUGGUGGAGCGGGUCCAGUCGGUGGAUUUCAUGCGCACCGACCCUGUCUGCCAGAAGCUGCUGCUGGACGCCAUGAACUACCACCUGAUGCCCUUCAGGCAGCACUGCAGGCAGAGCCUGGCCAGCAGAAUUCGCUCCAAUAAGAAAAUGCUGUUACUGGUCGGAGGAUUGCCUCCCGGACCUGACCGGCUACCCAGCAAUUUGGUUCAGUAUUAUGAUGAUGAAAAGAAGACAUGGAAAAUACUGACAAUUAUGCCAUAUAAUAGUGCUCAUCACUGUGUUGUGGAAGUAGAAAACUUCUUGUUCGUUUUGGGAGGAGAAGACCAGUGGAACCCGAAUGGGAAACACAGUACAAACUUUGUCAGUCGAUAUGAUCCCAGGUUUAACAGCUGGAUACAACUUCCACCCAUGCAAGAGAGGAGAGCCAGCUUCUAUGCAUGUCGGCUUGAUAAGAACUUGUAUGUGAUUGGUGGAAGAAAUGAAACUGGCUACUUGUCCAGCGUGGAAUGCUAUAAUUUAGAGACAAAUGAAUGGCGUUAUGUAUCUUCUUUACCGCAACCUCUAGCAGCGCAUGCAGGAGCAGUGCACAAUGGCAAGAUAUAUAUUUCGGGGGGUGUUCAUAAUGGAGAAUAUGUCCCCUGGCUGUACUGCUACGAUCCUGUAAUGGACGUCUGGGCCCGAAAACAGGACAUGAACACAAAGCGAGCUAUCCACACUUUGGCUGUAAUGAAUGAUCGACUGUAUGCAAUUGGAGGAAACCAUUUGAAAGGUUUUUCCCAUCUUGAUGUGAUGCUUGUGGAAUGCUAUGAUCCAAAAGGUGACCAGUGGAAUAUUCUUCAGACUCCUAUUUUGGAAGGUCGCAGUGGCCCUGGAUGCGCAGUUCUUGAUGAUAGUAUUUACCUUGUCGGAGGCUACAGUUGGAGUAUGGGAGCCUACAAAUCUUCUACUAUUUGCUACAGUCCUGAGAAAGGAACCUGGACAGAACUAGAAGGAGAUGUAGCUGAGCCACUUGCAGGUCCUGCAUGUUCAACUGUCAUACUGCCAGCCUGUGUACCAUACAACAAAUAAUAUUCGAGAAGCACUGAAAUGAACAAUAUUACAUUCUGGAAAGUAAUAACGGGUGACGUAAAUAUUUUAAUAGAACAGAAUUCCUGGCAAAACAAAACUACCAUAAUUGACCCCUUAUUUCAGAUUUAUGCUUUAAAAGCAAACUGGGAACAAAAAGUCUCAUCUCAGAUAGAUGCCGGUGUCUUGUGAAGCAAGUAGCUAGAACACACCGAACAUUACAUGCUGACAGACUGCCAUUUCAGACUGAUUUUAACUUUUUUCCCACUACAGAAAUAUUCUUCACAUGGAUUUUAACUUUUAAAAAUGAAGGCUAAAUGUCCAAAUACAGCCUGAAAAGACAAGAUCAGUUUUGUGCAUUAUAUUCUACCUGCAUGUGAUCUAUGUGAAGUCAUGAGGAUGUUGUGUUCAUGAAUGCUUCAAAACUCAGACACCGAAAAGCUCACUCUGCAUUGCAGAACUGUCUCCCCCUCUGUAAUCCUAACCUACAGCUACUUCAUAUGCUCUGCAAGCAACACAGCAUCAAAAGAUCUUAAAAGGUAAAGAAAUGUCAUUCCAUUUUUGCACAACUUGGCUUCUCAUACACUCUGCCUUCAAAGUCCCCAUGUGUAAGUGUAGUGAAGAGCACUUCUUGCAAUAGUGAUUUUAAGGAUUAGGACCAAAUUAUGCUCUUAGUUACACUGGUACAAAUGCAGAACCACUCCACUAAAAUCAAUGGAAUGAAUGUUUUUAUAGCUGGUGUGACUGAAAUCUUGGCCUAAACCUCAAAUUCUGGGUUUACAAAGUAAGUUUUUCUCAUAAGCAGUUAAAAGACAACACAGUCCAUUAAUACAGUAAAAAUACAAGAAUUUAUCUUCAUUUUCACUAACAUUAGAAGUGAACACACUUGCUAUUUGCUUUCAAAGACAAGAACACUGAAUUUAAGCAUAAUGGUACCUCUUUAGACUUUUAAAUUAGUAUGCAUAGAAUUGAAGGGACUCUGGUAAGUGGCUAAAAUCCUCGUCUCUGAUUUACCUUCAGAUGUUCAUAAUUUGAAGGGUUUUCUCUGUUGAUCCAGAAAAAUACAGGGCUGGAUUCUCCACUGCCUUAUACCUUGUUUAGUUAUUUACAUCUGGUAAAGUGAGUCAAAAUGCUACCAGAUCAGAACAGUUGCAUGUUACACCCACUUUACACAGUUGUACUUGAUUACAUAGGGUGCAAGGCAGUGGCAAAUCAGGCCCUAUGUGUUUUUAUGCUUAUGUCUUCCUUUUGCAGCAGCAAUUGACUUACAAACACUGUGCCUGGUUCUCCACUGCCUCUUGGCUUGCAUAAGGAUUUUGACCUGUACACAAUGCACAUAAAAUACUUCUUCAAGUGCUUGUUCAUGUCCAUUCCAUGUUAGGUGUGUGUG